AUGUCACUUGAUUGGAAAAAGUGCAUCAUUUGUCAGGAGUCCACGAGAGAAGCAUUAAAGUGUCCCCUAAACAGUAAUGGAUCACCUGAAGAUAACCGGCAAACGUAUUUGACUUUCUUUCAAAAUGUGAACAGCUUUCGGGAAGCAAAUGCUUUACCCACGGAGCUUAAAUUUAGCGACGAUGUUGAUGUAGACUGCCUUUGUCAAGGUUCUUGGCACAAGUCCUGUAACCUCAAGUUUGGCCUUUCAAAGCUUAAGAAAGCUCAAGAGCGUGCCGGCCGAAAACGAGGCGAAGACAGCAGAGCAGACGAGGAGAGAAGACCCGCAUCGAAACGCAGGAAACGCCAGUCUAACUCUGAAGAGCAGUCACAAUGUUUAUUAUGUUCAGGUGGAGGCGACAGCGAUAAUCUUCAAUGUCUCUCGAUGCUGGAAACUGAUAAGAGCGUCCGUCAAAUAACCCUUGAACUGGAGGAUUUUGAAUUGUUACAAUAUACAGGUCGUAUAUCAGAGGAAGAAUUAAUUGCUAUUGAAGCAAAAUACCAUCUGAAAUGCCCAAUCUCUUGGAAAAAUCGGUACAGAUCACUCUGUACGCAGAAAGUGCAAUGUUCAAGUGAUAGAGUGGACGAUGAAAAAAUGGACAAGUCAAUCGCAUUUGUCGAGCUGGUCGAGUACAUUGAAGGAUGUGUGGAAAACGGAACUCAUCUGUUUAAACUUUCUGAGCUGUCGUCGUUGUACAUCCAGAGGCUUAAAGAUCUUGGAAUUAAAAAGACCACACAUAAAACCAGGUUUAAGGAUUCUUUGUUGGAACAUUACAAUGGGAGAACAAACUGA